UUUCGUUAUCAACAUGUAACGUGACAGGUGCGUGAACCACUGCCGAUUUUUACAAUAUUCAGACAGCACCGUACAGCAUGGAAUGGUUGCUGGUAGUCAGUGUGGGUUUGGUCGCCAUUGCUGGUACUCUGGCACAAGGCAUACCCAGGCUCAGUCCUGAGGACUACAGGUUUCUGGAGCGUCUACCCUCAUCUCGCUUAGCACUUCCGGCAGGGUUCAAGGUCAAGUAUGUAGGUCAAGGUGGAGUCAUCAAGGACUCGAAACAAUCAUCGGGUCACUGGAUAGAAAUUGCAGGAAGUCCGCAUGCUCCGGACAGUGCAGUAUAUGCGGCAGCUCUGGUCGUCAGCCUACAGUCUCGUCACAUGCCAACAGCGGUGUUCUCAGGGCUCGCUGAGAAAUCCACAGUAGGCGUCUUCACAAAAGCAGAGAAGAUCACAAUCUACCCCGAGUUCUAUCAUCUGAAAGAUACACCGGACUGCAAAGGGACGUGUGCUGGCCACUGCGCCCACACCUGUACAAGUGACGGCCGGAAGUGGGAGUCCCUCGGCGGGGUUGAUGGGAGCGGAAGAGCCCUCAUCCUGGACGACAACGUCCUGUGCACGGCCCGCGACCCUCACCAUCACAGAGAAAACAUCCUAGUGCAUGAGUUCGGUCAUGGCGUCCAGAAGUAUGGGCUCGAUUCCACCUACAAUCACAAGGUCGUCGCUGCCUACAACCACGCCAAGGCAGCAGGACUGUGGACCCACUCAGCCUAUGCUAUGACCAACUACAAGGAAUACUUCGCGGAAGCGUCUACCGCCUUCUUCAACGUCAACCAGCAGACCAGUGCAGCCGGCAUGAACCAGUGUGGCCACGGUUACUACUGUGACACCGAGGCGCAUGCGCGGGCUUGGCUGAAGCAGCACGAUCCCCAGAUGUUCGAGGUUCUAUCGUACGCUUACACCAACAACCACCCAGAGAUAGCCAGCCACCUGAAGAUAUGCCAGACACAUUGACCCGCAACUCUUACAACUUGAAAUAAAACAUGUCAGGAAACUAA